UAUAAACAGAUAAUGCCAGUGCACCAUGAUAAGUGCUAUGAAAGAAGGGUUAUAAGACAUGUGACAGUUCAGAAAGGAGGGAGCUUAUUCUUUCUAGAGAGGUUUGGUGAAAAUUUCACAAAAUACAUGACUUUUAGACUGAAAUUUCAAAGGCAAGCAGAAUUUUGCCUAUAGAAAGUGGGGAGACAGGCAUUACAAGUAGAGAAGGAGAGAGAGACGAGGGAAAAGAGAAAGAGGGAUGAAGGAGGAGAGGAAGUUGUAGAGGAAGGAGGACUAGCAGGAGGAGGAAGCAUGACAUAUCCUGUGAACACCAUGUAAUUCUGACUGCAACUUGGAGUUUAUAAUAAACAUAAUGCAGACCAUUAGAUUAGUGGGGCAAGUUGAAAAUGAUUUUUAUAGCCAUUUUAGCCAUGCCAAUAGGUAUGUAGUCUGUCCAGGGGUGAAGCCACUGGAUGUCUUUGAUAAGUAGAAAGGUAAGAUUUAUUGCAUGAUUCCUUUUGUUGUUUUCAUGAAUUAUCACAUGUGAUCCUCACAAAACCUCUAGGAAGUGGACAUUAUUAUCUCAGUUUUGCCUUUAAGGAAUCUGAAGGAAAGAGAUUAAAUAGCUGCCCAAGUUUAAUGAGCUUGUCAGUGGCAGAGCUUAAAUUCAAAUCCAUACACCAUGAUAUCAGAACCCUCAAGCCUAAACACUACUUCAACAAGUAGUGUAGGCAAAACACCCGAAAGAAGAUCUGAGUGUAGAUCAGAUGUCAUUGGCCCACUUUUCUUUUUCAGGUCUCUUUGCAUCAAAAUACACCAGCAGCUGCAAUUAACUGCAAUCCUGUCAGCCUCCAUGAUGUUUCCCUUAGCCAGAAAGGUACUGCGCAGUCUUCAGCUUCGGAGCUUUCAGCAAAUGAUGGCAAGACAAAGCCACCAAAAGCACCUACCAGAUUUUCAUGACAAAUAUGGUGAUGCUAUACUAGCCAGUGGAGCAACAUUCUGCUUUGUUGCAUGGGUAUUUGUAAUCACACAGAUUGGACUAAAAUGGAACCUGUCCCCUGUGGGCAGAAUCACCCCAAAGGAAUGGAGGAAGUAA